AUGGCGUUUAUUUCAAGCGAUAUAUCUUCGAAGUCAACCAAAAGAGACUUAAUUUCCAUUUGGAACGGAAUAGAGAAGCUUGAAUCCUCUGAGAGAACACUAUUAACGAUUGACGACGUUGCUAAGGAAAUCAGAGGGGAUUGGAAAGGCAGAAAAUGCUUUGUUGUAGAUAAAAGUAGCUAUAAUGGAAAACCGUUAACAUACGACGGCUUAAAAUGGAGAAAAAAAAUCGCUCCGAAGUAUCGGCAAUGGAAUGAAAAUGGACGUGUUUAUGGAACAAUCCAGUGCAGAUCGCCGUCCACUGCGAGUUUCAGAAAAACUGUAGUUUAUAUGGACGAUUCGACUUUUGUUAUCGUCGACUAUCACCGCGAUGAAGAACGAAUUAGCUUGGAUUUUGAUAUUCAUAGGAUGACAGCCUCAGAAGUUGAUAUCGUUCGAAGCGAACUGAUUGGGAGGUCUGUAAAGAGUGCAUAUGAAAUUCUACAUAAAAAAGGCUUCAAGUUCUCGCUUGAGCAGGUGAGGAACCAAAGGAAACACGUACCUGAAUCGAUUGGCUGCAAUCGAGGCGUCAAAGCUAUUGCCACCACAUCCGAAUUAGGAAAAAUAGCGAGAAACGUUCCGAAUGCAAAGUACAGCGUAUUUGAGUAACAAUGGAAAGUUUCAAACGAUGAUGGAUUUUUGUUCAGUGGUGUCACUCAGCUGGAUACAACAUUCGGAUUGAGCGAGUUGUAUGUCACUUUAAUGUGCACCACAGUAAAGAUAUUCAAGUCGAAAAAAUCAAAAAAACCGAGAACUAUUGUCAUUAGCUAUUUGUUGCACUCGAAAAAGACUAUGGAAUGCCACAAGUUUCACGCAAACCAUGUGAACGAAUACCUGCAGAAGCAAGGUUUCAAAAAUGACCGCGUUGUGCCUGGAUUCAUCACGGACGGUGAAAAAUCCUUUGAGGAAUAUUACAAGGUUUGA